AUGACCCUGGAAAGAAGGUGCAACAUCCUGCGAAAAAUUGAUCCAAAAAUUUCCGAUUUUGCCUCCAAUAAUAUGUCUCCAGAUGAUAAUGGUCUAUUAUUUGGAGAUUCUUAUCUAAAAGAAUUAAACCAAUCCGGAAGGCAAUUAUCACGACCUAGUUUGGCAAGGAUCUCUUCCUCUAGUAGCAUGGAUGAUCUCAGGGGACCCUGGUCUCUCCGAGGCCUUUCGGAUGGAGCAAGAUUUCUCAUUCAAGAGUCUUGGGCCCCAGACGCAAUGGCAAGCAAUAACAGAUGCUUUGGCGUAUGCCGGUGCAUGUUAGCUUGCAGUGCCUCAGUUAUUACAUGUGAUUUAUUUAUUGGAGAUUACUAUGUCCUUGAUACUCUUGGAAAAGGUGGCUUUGGUGUUGUGAAACGGGCUCGGCACAUGCGGACUGGCAGAGAGGUUGCUAUUAAAAUCAUCAAUAAAGCAAACAGGAAUUCUGCUCAUCUGCGAAAGCUGUACCAAGAAGUGACCAUCAUGCAAAUGUUGGACCAUCCUAAUAUCGCUAAGUCAGACCCACUAAAAUUUUACGAAGUUAUCGAUUCCAAGGACAAACUUUACAUCGUUAUGGAGUAUGUAAGCGGAGGAAAUCUCCAAAAUUACCUGAUAAAUAAUGGCCCAAUGGAGGAGAAGAAAGCCCGUCACAUAUUCCGUCAGAUGGUGUCGGCAUUACAUUACUGUCAUCAGAAAUACGUUGCACACCGAGACGUGAAGUCAAUGAGCGUAUUGAUCGAUUCAGAGGGUAACAUCAAGAUCGCUGAUUUUGGUAUCAGCAGCAUUUACAACCCAGGGAUCAAGAUGGCCAGAUAUUCUGGUACUCCAACUCACUUCCCUCCAGAAUACUAUCUACGUCUGAAGUAUUAUGGGCCAGAGGUGGAUGUGUGGUGCCUAGGAGUGGUUCUAUAUCAAAUGGUCACUGGCACCCUGCCAUUUAAUAAGUUAUACCAGGAGGACUUUUUGGAUUCUUCAUGGUUCUAA